UUUCUAAUGUAAGCAAAUUAUCACCAAAUCCCACACCAUUAAUACUAAACCAUUAAAGCAUUAGUGAAGUUCUCUCUUUGCUCACUCAUCUCUGUACUCUGCCUACUACUUUCACUGUCAGUACAGACUACAGUAGUAGAGACAGUAGUACACAGAAAUAAAGAAUCACAGAUCUGAAAACUUCUUUCAUAUCUUUUGCCCUUUUUUUUCUUCUUCUUCUUCCUUGGAUUCCUUCAUUUAUACCAGUAGUUCUGUUGAUCUUUCUCUCUCCUCUUUAAUGGCGUCUUCUAGAGAAGUAUCCACCAUGAUUAGACAAGGUUUUAUCUCAGACCCAUCAAUUUCUCUCUCCUCAAAUUCCAGAAAUUCACCUUCUUCUUCACCUUCUAAACCCCUUUCUCUCUCUCCUCCUGCAUUUUCUCGACCUACCCUUUUCGAAAUGAUGACAGAUGAACAACUUAGAGAGUCUAAACAAUCGAGUGAUAAUAAUCGUAGAAAGUUGCAGGAUAAAUUGGCUAGGGUUUUGUCGAAAAACCCUAAUUUUGGUGAUAGUAAUAAUUGUAGUAGUAAUAAUUUGGGGGGUUUUGGAGAUGGUGAUGUGAAAUUAACUGUAAGUGGAAGAGAUGGUUUUAAGAUAUCAAUGGAUGUUCAUAGAAGGGUUUUAGCUGAAAAAAGUAGGUUUUUUGCUGAGAAAUUGAGUGAUGGAGGUAUUACUCAUUCAGUUGAAAUUUGUGAUUGUGAUGAUGUUGAGAUUUAUGUUGAAACUCUUGUUUUGAUGUAUACUCAUGAUUUGAAGAAGAAAUUGAUGGGUGAUGAUGUUACCAAAGUUUUGGGCUUGCUUAAGGUAUCUGCAGCCAUUUUGUUUGAAACUGGGAUCUUGUCAUGCUUAGAGUAUUUGGAAGCAGUUCCAUGGUCUGAAGAUGAGGAGGAGAAAAUUAUUUCAUGUCUUAAUCAGCUUCAGCUUCAUGACUCAGUGAGUGAAGAUGUGCUGCAGAGAGUAUCAACUGAACCAUCUACAUCUACAAGAGCUGAGGAUAUGUUCACGAAAAUGCUUACUGGUGUCCUUCAAGCUAAAGAUGAUAAAGCUCGUAAAGAAAUGAAGUCUCUUAUUUCUAGGUUGCUUAGGGAAGAUGUUGCAGACUUCAGCACUUAUGGUCCCAAAAUUGAUGUUUCCAGAGAUACUUUGUACAGUCUCUGCCAUCGGUGUCUGAGUGCGCUUAUUCUUUGUCUAUCAGAAGCUACGUGCAUGGAUGAAAGUAGACAAGAGCGAGGUGCUAUAAUGGCCGAGAUAGCCCGUGAAGCCGAUAAUAUGCAGUGGAUUGUUGAUAUCCUAAUCGACAAGAAGAUGGGGGAUGAGUUUGUAAAAUUGUGGGCUGAUCAAAAGGAACUUGCUAUUCUUCAUUCAAAAAUCCCAACCAUGUACAGGCACGAGAUUAGCAGGGUUACUGCACAGCUAUGCAUUGCCAUCGGAAGAGGGCAUAUUUUGGUGCCAAAGGAGGCACGUUACUCUCUUCUUUCCACGUGGCUUGAACCUCUGUAUGAGGAUUUCGGGUGGAUGAAGAGGGCUAAUAGGUUUGUUGACAAGAAAGUUGUUGAAGAUGGUCUUAGCCAAACCAUUCUUACACUGCCUAUAUCACAGCAGCAGAGCAUUUUGAUGAAUUGGUUUGAUAGGUUUCUUACUAAAGGAGAUGAUUGUCCUAAUAUUCAGAAAGCAUUCGAGAUUUGGUGGAGACGGGCUUUUAUCAGGCAGUAUGUACCAGAUCAAGAUCAGCACAUGCAGAUUACUGUGUGCGACUAUAAUGAUUGAUUGUGUGUCCAUUUGACCAACAGCAGGAUUGUAAGUAUUAGGGAUUUUUUUCUUGCUCAUUCAUGGCUUCUGUGUAUCUUUUGUUCUCUUCUCGGAUUGUGUGAUAAUUCUUUGCGUCGUGUAUAAUUUGUCGCGCUUAAGGACUUCUGUAAUGGAUUUGAUGUACCAAAUAAGCUUUAUCAAGAGCUAUUGAAGCUCAGUAAGGUUGUAUAUAUUUUCCUCA